AUGUCGCAUCGACGGAUCAAUAAAUCGACGACAGCUGAUAUCGUUACAUCUUCAAUAUUUGCAUCUGGGACAUUCAAAAACGUGUGGGCAGGCCACUACACCUCAGGCGACCGCAAAGGGCAACCCUGCGUAUCCAAAGAAUUCAAAAGCGGCUCGGUAUACGAAAAACACUAUUUCUCCGAAGAGCUGGAGAUCAUCCGGCACACGCAGGAAAUUGUCGAUGCCUUCCACACGGCGGGGAUUCUUCCCGGACGAGAAAUCAUCGUCAAUACGCCGGCCAUCUGGAGAUAUGAGGAUAGUGCGGGGAAAAAGGCUGGACACAAAAGUUUGGUGGAGCCCAUGAUUGAAAAUUUUGAAAAGUUUAAUAGUAAUACUGGGUGGACGGGACGGGAUAAUGUGUGGAAUGAGGCGAUGCAGGCGUUGAGUCACUUUUCCUAUCAUGAUUCUGGGAGAAGGUUUUUGUUGUGUGAUUUGCAGGGGGGGUUGUAUAGUGAUGGGUACAUUCUCUCAGACCCAGUCAUCAUGUCCCAAGCCCACGAUUGCGGACCCGCGGAUUUGGGAAACGAUGGAAUCAAAUCGUUCUUUGAGAGGCAUCGCUGUGGACACUUCUGUGAUCGUGAUUGGGUGAAGCCUGCGCUCACGGGGAGAGCUCCUAUCCCGAUGCGUCGAGGAACUACCAUGGAGUGUCCCCCGACUCGUCAUGAUCGUAACCCUCUAUCUAGAUUGAGAGAAUAUUAA